AUGUCAACCCCCCGUGUUUUCCUCAUUCGCCACGGCGAGACGGAGUGGUCGCUUGAUGGUCGCCAUACUGGUGUGACUGACAUUCCUCUUACUGCCAACGGUGAGAAACGUGUGAGGGCAACGGGGAAGGCUCUUGUCGGCCCAGACCGUCUCAUUGCUCCCAAGAAGAUCGCUCAUAUCUACGUCUCACCCCGAAAGCGUGCUCAACGAACAUUUGAGCUGCUCAACCUUGGGCUGAGCCGUCCGCUACCCUGGACACCACACGGCGACACCCCUGACGGGACUGGUCUACAGUGUGAGGCCGAGGUUGAAGUAACAGACUAUAUCCGAGAAUGGGACUAUGGCGACUACGAAGGCAUUACAUCUCCAGAGAUUCGCAAGAUCAGAGCCGAACAGGGGAUCAAGGGGUCCUGGGAUAUUUGGAAAGAUGGUUGUCCAGGCGGAGAGAGCCCUCAUGAUGUCAGCAGGAGACUCGAUCAAUUGAUAGAAGAGAUUCGGGAUAAAUGGCACAAGCCAGUCAUGGACCAAGGAAGUGAUCAAUGUGGCGACGUCUUACUUGUUGCUCAUGGACACAUUCUUCGUGCUUUUGCCAUGAGAUGGGCUGGCUACGCUUUGCGAGAAGGUCCAACCUUUUUACUGGAAGCAGGCGGUGUCGGAACUCUGAGUUAUGAACAUCACAGGAUCGAAGAACCAGCGCUUUUGCUGGGCGGCGCCUUUGUCGUUGAACUUGACGGCCAAGACAACUAG